GAGGAAUAAAGAUGGCGGUGCGGGGGUCUCCGCCUUCUGCUCCCGGCUGAACCGCUCUGAGGGAGGCGGCAGUGGCAACCCGAGCAGCAACGGCGAUCUAGUGGUGGUAGUUUCAGCGGCGAUUGCUGAGGCCCAAGCAAUGGCGGAACUGGAGCACUUAGGCGGGAAGCGCGCAGAGUCGGCGCGAAUGCGGCGGGCUGAGCAGCUUCGGCGCUGGCGGGGCUCGCUGACAGAACAGGAGCCCGCGGAGCGACGAGGCGCGGGGCGGCAAUCGCAGACGCGUCGUGGGAGCCCCAGGGUCCGCUUUGAAGACGGGGCUGUCUUCUUGGCCGCUUGCUCUAGCGGGGACACUGACGAGGUGAAAAAGCUUCUGACAAGAGGUGCCGACAUCAACACGGUCAACGUGGACGGAUUGACAGCCCUGCACCAGGCCUGUAUUGAUGAAAAUUUGGACAUGGUCAAGUUUCUGGUGGAGAAUAAAGCCGAUGUAAACCAGCAGGAUAACGAGGGCUGGACACCCCUUCACGCAGCAGCUUCUUGUGGUUACCUCAACAUAGCAGAGUAUUUCAUUAACAACGGAGCCAGUGUAGGCAUUGUGAAUAGUGAAGGUGAAGUUCCCUCUGACCUUGCAGAAGAGCCUGCCAUGAAGGACCUUCUUCUGGAGCAAGUGAAAAAGCAAGGAGUUGACCUAGAACAGUCAAGAAAAGAAGAAGAGCGACAGAUGCUGCAGGAUGCUCGCCAGUGGCUCAACAGUGGAAAAAUAGAGGACGUGAGACAGGCUCGCUCUGGGGCCACGGCACUCCACGUGGCUGCUGCCAAGGGCUACUCUGAGGUGCUCAGGCUUUUAAUUCAGGCUGGCUAUGAGCUCAACGUGCAGGAUCAUGAUGGCUGGACUCCCCUCCAUGCUGCAGCACACUGGGGAGUGAAAGAGGCUUGCUCCAUCCUUGCGGAAGCUCUCUGCGACAUGGACAUCAGGAACAAACUGGGACAGACACCAUUUGAUGUGGCCGAUGAGGGCCUUGUGGAGCACUUGGAGAUGCUCCAGAAGAAACAGAAUGUGCUUCGAAGUGAAAAAGAGACACGGAAUAAGCUCAUUGAGUCAGACCUGAACAACAAGUUGCAGAGUGGACUCUUUAAGAACAAAGAGAAGAUGCUUUAUGAAGAGGAGACACCUAAAUCCCAAGAAGUGGAGGAAGAAAACAAAGAAUCCAGCAGCUCUAGCUCAGAAGAGGAGGAAGGUGAAGAUGAAGCUUCUGAGUCAGAAACUGAGAAGGAGGCAGAUAAAAAGCCAGAAGUUGUUGUCAACCACUCCAACUCUGAAAGCAAGAGUAGCCCCCCGGAGCCGACCCCAACACCAGCGCAAAACACCUUCUCUGCCUCUUCUGCUAGGAGAUUUUCCUCCAGUCUUUUUAACAAGCCAGAAGAGCCUAAAGAUGAAUCUCCUUCCUCUUGGAGACUGGGACUCAGAAAAACUGGCAGCCACAACAUGCUGAGUGAAGUGGCCAAUUCCAGGGAUGCCCUGAGGGAGCGCGGCUCCUCCAUCUGCCGCUCUUCAUCAAGUCCCCGGAUCUCGGCUCUGGACAACAAAGACAAGGAGAGAGAAAACAAAAGCUAUUUUAGUUCACUAGCAUCCCGGAGGCUCAACAACACAAGUGACAUGGAAGAAAAGGAGAACAGAGAGUCAGCUGUUCACCUGGUGAGGAGUGGCUCUUACAACAGGCAGCUGUGGCGGGACGAAGCGAAGGGAAAUGAAACUCCACAGACAAUAGCUCCUUCCACUUGUGUUUCAACCUACUUGAAAAGGACUCCUUACAAAUCCCAGGCUGACUCAACAGCAGAUAAAACAACAGACAAUGUCUCGCCUAGCACACCGCUCUGUGUGAUCACCAAUCGCCCUCCACCUAGCACUGCCAAUGGGGUUACAUCUGCCACUGUGCUCUCCACUCCUGGAACAGACUCCUCUGUGGAAGCCAGGGAGAGGAGGAGGUCAUAUCUAACUCCUGUACGGGAUGAAGAAGCAGAGUCUUUACGGAAAGCGCGCUCCAGACAAGCUCGGCAGACUCGAAGGUCUACUCAAGGUGUAACCCUAACAGACCUUCAGGAAGCAGAAAGGACUUUCAGCCGAUCGCGGGCAGAGCGGCAAGCUCAGGAUCAGCCUAGCCCAAAGCCCAGAGACCCUGAGGGGAGCACCGAGAAGUAUGAGUCUUCAGCUGCUUCUUCCAAGGAAGCUGGGGAAGACCGAAGGGGCGGGAGUCUGGAUGAAGAGCCUGUCUAUCGUCGCCUGAGGUGUCCAGCUCAGCCAGACAAACUCACAACACCAGUGUCUCCUUCUGCAUCAAGAUCCUCUCUCUACACCAGCUCCCAUCUGCUUCGGACAAAUAGAUCUUCAGACCCCGAUUCUGAGAGUUCCGAAACUACCACAAAGGCCACGACUACAGAAGAAAUGGACAAAAAUGAGAGCGAAGAAGCAGACUUGGAUGAUCAGUCCUCUAACAGGCUGUCCACCCGUGACAGGAGGCGGCCCAAGGAGCGACGGAGAGGCACUGGCAUCAACUUCUGGACAAGAGAUGACGAUGAAGCUGAUGUGUCUGAAGAAGUAAAGCAGAAGUGGCAUGAAAGACUUUCUAGGUUGGAAUCAGGAGGCAGUAACUCUGCAACCAGCGAUUCCUACAGUGAGCGGGCCUCAGCCAGAGCGCGCCGGGAGGCCCGGGAGGCCCGUCUCGCCAGCCUAUCCAGCCGGGUAGAAGAGGACAGCAACAGGGAUUAUAAAAAACUCUACGAGAGUGCCCUGACUGAAAACCAAAAGCUGAAAACCAAACUUCAGGAAGCCCAGCUAGAGCUAGCAGAUGUAAAAUCCAAGCUUGAAAAGAUGGCCCAGAAGCAAGAGAAGACCUCUGACCGCUCAUCAAUGCUGGAGCUGGAGAAGCGGGAGCGGCGCGCUCUGGAGCGGAAAAUGUCAGAGAUGGAGGAAGAGAUGAAGGUGUUAACAGAACUGAAAUCCGACAACCAGAGGCUGAAAGAUGAAAACGGUGCCCUCAUCCGAGUCAUCAGCAAACUCUCCAAGUAGACUAGCCCCAGAUUGAGGCUGCCCCCACCCCUCUUUUCCAGCCAUUGCCUUCCAGCCACAAGAAGUGGAUAUUUUGGUGGAAGGCUCUUCUCUGCCCCUCCUCCAGCCACAUCUGCACUGUCCAUUUUCUCUGCUCUCUCAGUGCCCUGUUGCUCCCACCCCCUGAGUUUUAUGACAGUUUUAAUUGAAGCAUGAUUGUGAUAAUUUGAGCCAUUCUGAGCCAUCUGGAGAAGGCCUCCGGGAGUACACCAGGGUCAGCUGUGGCCCCCCAACUCCCUGCUGGUCAGCUACUUGUCUGCACUGGAUCUGGUCCAAACAUGUGAGGCCUCGGCCCAAACCCCACAGCCUUCCCCCUGACCCAGUGUCCUCUGAUACGGAUGAGUCUUACGGUGGCCACUCCAGGCCCCUGUCUGGAAUGCCAGGAGAAACGGGGGUGUUGGGGUAAUCGACAGGAGAAGCAGGGAGCUGUUGGGGUAAUCGACAGGAGAAGCAGGGGUGUUGGGGUAAUCGACAGCCUCUCGGGCUGGUUGUUUGAUUCCAAGGUGACAGCGACUGCACCGAGUAAGGUCUCUGCCCGUCUUCCCCUCUCAGGAACGGACUUUCUUCUAACUUCUGGUGGUGGCCUUUGUUCUAGCAACAACCCAGUGACAUCUCCGACUAGUCUUAACCCUUUUCCUCAUGCCUCUCAUUUAUUCCUUAACUUUCUAUCCUUUCCUCCCCCCAUUUCAUUCCGUGCUGCAAGAACUAGAACAGGGCACCAGUCUUAGCUGUGUCUGACUGCUGUGGAAACUCUCCCAGGGGCACUCUGGAGACGCCAGCGUGUUCUCGGGGCAGCACCGCCGCCAGCUCCCUGGAAGCUGGAAGCGCCAGUGCGUCCGCCAUCAUUGUCAUCUCCCACUUGCUUCCCCUCCAAGCUGACUUACUUUAUCGAGAAGUUGGGGCUUCAGACAGCCUUUCUGUGGCACCUCCUCUGGCUCGUUUCCCUCCCGCCUCUCUGGCACCUGCCCUUUGUGAGAAGCUGAUCCACCCAGGGAGCAGGAGAGGUGGGCGGGGAGGUGUGCAGGUGGCAGAUGGUGCGAGCAAAACACCCGGGUACUGGCAACCACGUGCCAAAGGCAGAAGCCCCUUGUAAUAGGAGAACGCGGUGGGCUUGAUUAUUUCCGGCAGCUAGGUUCAGGACAGAGACUCGCUUUUAGAAGCCAUCGGGAGACAAGCCUUCUUAAUAGAGGACUGAAAGGGAUGAGAUACUUUCAACCCAGAGGUGAGCGUCACGGCAUCUUGGAGUAACGAGGUCAGUUGCCAUUUUCUCGCCGUGUGUCACAGGGGCCUGCACAGCUCAGAGCCUGAGAGAACCUGAAAGAUUUUCCUGCAGAGCUGGGUCUGCCUGUGAGUCUCCCGCGGUCCUGUUGUGCCCUUUCCUGUGAGCCUCAGAUACAUGAGUGGGGGGCAGCCCCCGUCUGGCUGGCUCUGGCCACUAGUCCUCUGAGCGCCUCUCUCAUGGGACACUUCCUGCCAUCACAUAUUAGAGACAAAAACAACUCUAAGAAUAUAUGCCUAGACCAGGACAUACUGCUCCAUUAAUCCUGUGCAAAAUUAAACCAUUAAUUAGUUCUUGAUGAUUAUCCAAUAUUAAUUCUGAAAGUAUUUUCUUUUUAUAGAAGUCUUACUCCUUGCUUGGCUUACUGAGAGUGUGCCGGUCACUUAAAUCUUCAUUGUUUUAGGGUCCCCAAUGACAUUCAGUGCUUGGGGCCCUCCUUUCUCUUAAACUACCUCUGUCCAUUUUCUCGUUGCAGAAAAUGACAAUGUAGUUCUUUCUACACGGUCUUCUGGAAGAGCACAUGCUCUUUAAAUCACAAGCUAAAAUUCAAGAUCCUGACUUCAGAGUAGGAAAUGUUUCUGGCAAAAUCCCAUUUUUAGAAUGAACAAAGUUCUCUAUUUCCAGCCAUUUUCAUAGAGAAGCGACUGGAGAAGAGAAUCACUGUUUUAGGUUUUGGGCUGCCCUGGGAAGAGUGUAGUAAGAAGUUUAUCUCCUCUUUCCCCCUCUCCUCUAACCCCCUCCCCAAGCAUCCCCUUCAUCCUUGGGAGAGGUGAGAGCAGCAAAAGAUGCUAAUUGUCCCUGUACAUCCUUGGUAUCCUGGGUACUGGUGACUGGUGUGGGGGAAGAUGCCGCCUCUUUCUUAGAAAAAGGAAUUUGGAUUAUUAGGAAAACAUCUUGACCUUGUCCCAUUCGUGAGACCAAGUAAAGGGGUUCCAGAGAGUUCCCUCAGCUCGGUGUGUGCCUUUCACAAGUGCGGGACCUGGUCUUGAAGCUCUUGGAGUGAUGUUACACCCCUGCUGCCUCUCACAGCCUUUUUGUGGUAAAUAUGCCUUUACUUGCCAGAAAGUUUUCCUAGUGAUGGGAAAUUUAUAAGCUUUUCAAUCUCAGGAAUACUGGGUUCCAUGGCCAAGAACUCAUGAAAGUAUAAACCAUCUGAGGUGAUUUCAUGCACUCCCUUUUCUGCAAUUAAUCUUAUUAGACAGAUAGACUCCGAAGUCUGGUCUCUUUCCAGAGAAAAUACUCUUUCUUCUCCGCUGUCUUGAUGAGCCGCCGAGUGGGCCGGCACGGAACUGGCGGAUCUCUCUAGACUGCUGGUCUUCCCAGGGACCACAGACCUCCAGUCCUCACCCCACCCAGCCCACGCCAGAUGAGUAGCCGCUGGGCUGGCCAGCCAUGUGGGGCUCAGAGGUAUCAUUUCAGAGUCUUCACAUGAAAUACCAGAAUGGCAAAGUGGGGGUUCUCCGUUCAACUUUACACCCUCUCUUCUCAUUCAUUUGCUAUUUUCCAAAACCAAGCCAUACCUUUGGGGCUAAUGGUCUGGUUGUUCCAGAGAUUCUCUGGCUGAAGUCUUCUUCGCUGGUUUGUCUUUCAAGGGGUACUCAUCCUUUUCUGGAUCGCCCUGGGCCUGAGGACCAGCCCCACUGCUAGUGCAACAGGGCUGUGCGACUCUCAGGCCCUUAGAGAACCCCUAGAACAAACCUGCCUGGGAGUAGUGGGGGCACAGAACUCAAGUGGGCAGUCUCGUGGUAUUUCUAGGCACCGUCUGUCUCUUAUCCAACUGCAGGAUCAACUCAUGAACAGGGUUUUCCCUGUUUCCCACUCCAUCUCCCACCCUGUGUUUGAGACCAACAUGCACUUACUGCUCUCCGAGGCUACUGGCAAUGGUGAAUUCAGACCUCUGCUUCAAUCCUGUCACCCACUUCCCUCACCCUAAAGAGAACACGCUCAUUAGCACUUCUACUCUGGAAGCACGGAGGCUGAAGCCCCACUAAUCAGCUACAUGUGAAUCCCACAAACGCCAUGUGUGAACUACUGUUUCUCUAUCAGGGGCUUUAAUUGAGCCAGAGGUGAGAGUAGUCGAAACCUCAAACUUGUGACUUGGCUCAGUUCUGGUUCUCUAGCCCAGUGUCAGCUACUGACCCGGGAAAAGGUCCUGGCUGCGUCGUCGGCAGGCCGGCUGAGGUGGCCAGACGGGCAGGCGAGGCACAGAGCGAGGACGCAAGCGCUGUGAGCGGUUCGGCUCCCUGGCUACACUGUACCCACGGGAAAGCCUAAAGGAUUCCGACCCUACACCAAUAGGAAGGGGGCUUCUUAAUCCCACCCCUGGGUGAGCCUCUGGAGCUGCCGGAGGUGACCAACCAGGUAACACCACGUGGGCCCUGGGGCUUUCCCUCCCAUUACCCGGCCCAGUGUUUACGCCAGCACUGCGCCCCGACUCAGAGGGUCCCCGCUCUGACCUAGGUCCAAUUAUAACUGUAGACAUUGGUCCCCCUACUGAUUUUUAAGGCAGAUUUUGACCCCUCAAAGGACGUGUAUUCCCUCUAGCCCAGUAAACGAGGCAUCUUUUAUGGCAGAUUAAGGCAUCAUGAGAGGAUAAGGCCCUCAAGUUAGGACAUUUGGUUCCAGGAGCGUCUCUUAUCCUUCUGAGCUCUGUGACCUUGGGAAAGUCACCUGCCCUGUCUGUGAAAUGAGAUGGGACUGGAUCAUUCUUACAAAUCCCUUCUGGCUUAAAGUGAUUUAAAUCUGUGAUUUAUUCCUAGGAAUAAAUCAGGACAUUGCUUGAACACUGAAUUUUUGCUCUAACUUAAAAAAUUCUGUUUUCUUCUGGAUUCAAACUGUUUAACAUCAGCAUGUCAAGGUUGACUUCUCAUCCUUGUUGGAGAGUGAAUUCAAUAUUGAGGGUAAUUGAAUGGUGUUGCAAUUGCUUUCUCUCCUAAUGGCUUGGUAAGAAUAUUAAAACCUGCAGAGGUGGAAAUUGGAGCUCGUGGGGAAAUGGAUAGAAAGCAAUUUGUUGCAGGCGGCCUUUGGACAAAUUGUUUUAAUAGGAAAUAGAGCUGCAGCUUCAUAGGUUCCUUCAACUGCCUUUUCUGGGCCUUCUCAAAUGUGGUCGUGUGGCUCUCGCCAUCCACACAGCAGACUUAAUUGCAGUUCUGCUUAGCACCAGCUGGCUCAUAGUCUUAAAGCAGCCAGAGAAGUUUCCUCAACCUAUAGUACCACUGAGCUCCUCCUCUGGAUUCUGGACUGUCAGAAGAGGUUCCGGUGCUGUUCAGGAUGGCCUUUCCUAUAAAGCAGGCCUGCAGAGGACUUAGCUCUGAAGACUCAGAAGCCCCACGUCUGUGCCAGGGCCGCACAGAACAGCACUUGGCUCUUGCGAGACUCCUGCAGGUCACGUGUGUGUGGAAUGAGAGGGCCGAGGCCCUGGAAGUCGAGGUAGCUGUGUGCUGUGGGGAAGAAGGCAGGUCAGGGUUCUGGAUGGCGCAGCAGGGAGGCUGGGCUCUGUGGGCUGCGAGGAAGUGUGAUUGUUGCCUGUCUCGGCCUCCAGCAGAGCGGAGAUUUAAUCAGCUUCCCUAAUGGGUAUUGACACUACUUGGGAGCGCUAGACCCUAUCCGGGGCUGCUAUUGAUUGCUGGUGUUCUGAUUAGAUUGGAAAAUAGAUCAACUUCAUUGCUGCCAGGAGCUAUCGCUGUGCCAGCUACCUGGGAGCGAGGUGGUCUCCGGGGACUGAGAAAAAACAGAGAGAGGCCCUUGACCAGCCGGCAGCUGUAGGGAACGAUGCAUUCACGUCUCUAACAUGAAUUGUAGUUGAGGGUCAAAAUUGAACCCAGAUGUGACUUGCAUCCCAGUGUCCUGGAAGCCCCUCGGGCUGCACAGCAACUAAGCGAGCGUGUUUGAGGACGCGCCGUUAGUGGACGUCAGCCCUUACCUAAAGGCCUAACCACGGGGCGGCUGCUCUAGCCUGUGUGCCCAGGCUGCUUGGAGCGCCCAGAAUGACGGACAUCGUCUUGACUAACCAGCUUUACCAAGCUUACUCGCCUGUUAACCCCUCCCUAGCUCCCCUCAACUCCCCUCACUCCUUGAAGCCGCCCAAAGCACUCCUCUCUGAGCCAUUCUCCCCUUCAUCUGUUUAUCAUGGGGACUGUGAGUCUGCCGGAGCGAGCCUUUCUGUUAUUUCUCCUCCAAAAUUCUUCUCUACUGCUUCCAGUAAACUUUUCCUUGGGUGGCCUUUAGCGGUGACAUCACGAGUUUCUGAUGUCUUUCCAGAACAGAGAUACUCUUGCCCGUUCCUUUCUCAUUUCCCUCCACAUUCUUUAUUCCUCUCUUCUUACUGGGAGCUGAUGGUGCCUUAGAGACUAGGUUUUCCACAUAUCAGCUGAGACUCCUGGAGGACUCCCCAUAGCAGCUUCCACGCGGGCCCCUCUGCCAGUUGUCUCUCUCCCUGCGGGGCGAAUGGGCUCCCAGAGGCCGGUGGUCUGGUGAGCUCUCCACAGCACCGCCAGGGAGGCCGCGGUGGCCAGGUCUCUUUAACCAGAGUCCUGAGAACUUUGCCCGCGUCGGCCUGAGACAGUGUCCCGGGAAAAGCCCGCUCGGUGUGGCCUUGUGUGGGGGACAACUCUGGGCGCUUUGCUGUCUCGCUGGAGGGACUGAGAAAGCAGGGAGAGAGCUGCCAGUGUCUUCAACAGCCAGACAGGGGCCAGAGAGAGCUGAGAACCACCCCCGAGCAAGGGUCACCUGCAUGUCUCUGACCUGUGAUGACGCUCGCCCUCCUGUGAAGAGGCAGGUAAGGAGAGGGCCGAGGAAAGGCCUCCGCACAGAAGAGCUGGUGGUGGCAGGCGGCAGAGUUGGGGAGAGCCCUGGGAGGCUGCAGCAGUCUAAAAUGCCCCCACUUCUAGCCCACAUCGCUUGAACCUUUGAAAGGAUGGGCCAGUCACCUGGCUGGCACCCCAAGUCAGCCCCUCAUCUCCCUGAAG